UUAAAUUUGUCGUUUCCGUUUCGCUCAUUUUCAUCAAGCAGUAGGUUAGUCGACGUUGUUGUAAUUGGUGGGGGCCAUGCUGGAGUCGAGGCUGCAACCGCUUCUGCACGGACCGGUGCAUCUACCGUGCUUCUCACGCAGCGAAUCGAUGCAGUUGGAGAACUAAGCUGUAACCCUUCAUUUGGCGGCAUUGGGAAAGGCAUCCUGAUGAGGGAAAUCGACGCUUUAGACGGAGUAUCGCCAAAAAUUUGCGGUAUUUCGUACCUUUUUAUUUUAGACCGUUCUGGUAUCCAUUUUCGUGUAUUGAAUGCAUCCAGAGGGCCUGCAGUCCAAGGACCUAGGGCCCAAAUCGAUAGGCUUUUAUACAAAAAGUACAUGAUGGAUCACCUAUGUGGCUAUCCAAACUUGAACAUUAUUGAGGGUGCAGCAAAGAAUCUUUUUUUUAAUGGAAAUGCGAUCGCUGGAGUAUCCUACACUCAUGCCAGCAAUGAGACUCUAAUCUCAGCCAAAAGCAUCGUUAUAGCAACCGGCACCUUUCUUUUCGGGGAAAUUCACAUUGGCGAUAGGUCAUACCCGGCCGGAAGAAUGGGCGAAUCUCCUUCCCAUGGUCUUUCUGGUUCUCUUUUUUCUGCUGGGUUUAAGCUUGGAAGGAUGAGGACAGGAACCCCGCCACGUCUUUUAAAAUCAUCAAUUAAUUUUUCUUCUCUUUUCCAGCAGGAAGGUGACAA